AUGUUUAUAUAUCAUGUAGUCAUCUAUGUUUAUAUAUCAUGUAGUCAGCUCUGUUUAUAUAUCAUGUACUCUGUUUAUAUAUCUUGUAGUGAGCUAUGUUUACAUAUCAUCUAUGUUUACAUAUCAUGUAGUCAGCUAUGUUUACAUAUCAUGUAUUUAGCUCUGUUUAUAUUUCAAGUAGUCAUCUGCCAGUCAAUGUGCCUGUGA